UUGAAUUGUGGCUCAACUGUCCGAACUGUUUUAGUAAUAUUUUCGUGGGAAACAAACACUACCUUUUCCUCCGCCAUCACCACCCCUUUCCCAACCUCUCUCUCUCUCAGUAAUUACCGUGAACGAAAAUUCGAUGAACCCGCCCAAUCAAACCCCUGAUCAAUUCUCCCAAUUCCCUCUUCCCCAUUUUACUCUCCUUCCACCUUUACCAAACCCUACCCCUAACCGUAAUUUCCAUCCAAUCCCAACUCCAACACCAAUCCCAAUCCCUAACUCUAACCCUAAUGCCACUCCUCAUCUCACUGAUCACCUCCUCUCCUUCCCAGUCCCCAAAAAACGACGACGCGGGAGGCCUCAACGUAGUGCCUCAACGUCAUCAUUUCACGUCCUUUCUUUCCCUAACGGCUCUUUCAACCCCAACCUGCCAAACUCUAACCCUAACCAUAAUUCGAUUCCGUCAUCAUCGACGGCGACGACACAGGUUACACCACCCAAAAUCGCCGACGAGAUCAUCGUGAUCAAUAAGGAAUCAACGACAGAGGCUCUUACCGCUCUGUCUGCUGGAUUCCCUGCUGAUUCUCUCACCGAGGAAGAAAUUGACUUCGGCGUCGUUUCCUCCGUUGGUGGCAUCGAGCAGGUAAAUUAUAUUCUUAUUCGAAAUCACAUUAUUGCGAAAUGGCGCGAAAAUAUAUCCAAUUGGGUGACUAAAGAAAUGUUUGUUGAUUCUAUACCGAAACAUUGUAGUCCGCUUUUAGAUUCUGCUUAUAAUUAUUUAGUUACACAUGGAUAUAUAAAUUUUGGGGUUGCCCCAGCAAUUAAGGAGAAAAUUCCAGCGGAACCUAGUAAAAGUAAUGUGGUUAUAAUUGGUGCCGGGUUGGCGGGGCUGGCUGCCGCUAGACAGUUAAUGAGGUUUGGAUUUAAGGUGACAGUUUUGGAAGGGAGGAAGAGAGCAGGUGGGAGGGUUUAUACAAAGAAGAUGGAAGGAGGGAAUAGGGUGAGUGCAGCUGCAGAUUUAGGUGGGAGUGUGUUGACAGGUACGUUGGGGAAUCCGUUAGGGAUUGUGGCAAAACAAUUGGGUGCUUCACUUUUUAAGGUGAGGGAUAAAUGCCCACUUUAUCGGAUGGAUGGGAGGCCGGUGGAUCCGGAUAUGGAUAUGAAGGUGGAGACUGCUUUUAAUCGGCUUUUGGAUAAGGCUAGUAGGCUUAGGCAGUUAAUGGGGGAUGUCGCAAUGGAUGUUUCACUUGGGGCAGCGUUGGAGACGUUUAGACAGGUUUAUAGGGAUGCGGUGACUGAAGAGGAGAUGAAUUUGUUUAAUUGGCAUCUUGCAAAUUUGGAAUAUGCAAAUGCUGGAUUGGUGUCAAAGCUUUCGCUUGCAUUUUGGGACCAAGAUGAUCCAUAUGACAUGGGAGGGGAUCAUUGUUUCUUGCCUGGAGGGAAUGGAAGGUUGGUUCAGGCUCUGGCAGAAAAUGUGCCAAUUUUGUAUGAGAAAACUGUGCAUACUAUUAGGUAUGGUAGUGAUGGAGUGCAGGUUAUGGCCGGGAGUCAGGUGUAUGAAGGCGAUAUGGCAUUAUGUACAGUGCCUCUUGGAGUUUUGAAGAGUGGGUCAAUCAAGUUUAUUCCUGAGUUGCCUCAGAGGAAGCUUGAUGGCAUAAAGAGGUUGGGAUUUGGGUUGUUGAAUAAGGUUGGAAUGCUUUUUCCUUACGUAUUUUGGGGUACAGAUCUUGAUACCUUCGGGCAUCUUACUGAAGAUCCAAACCAUCGAGGGGAGUUUUUUCUAUUUUACAGCUAUGCAACAGUUGCUGGCGGUCCACUCUUGCUUGCUUUAGUGGCAGGAGAAGCUGCCCACAGGUUUGAGACUAUGCCUCCUACAGAUGCAGUAACCCAGGUUCUCCAAAUUCUCAAGGGUAUAUAUGAACCACAAGGAAUCACUGUCCCGGAGCCCCUCCAAACUGUCUGUACCAGAUGGGGUGGUGAUCCCUUCAGCCUAGGUUCAUACUCUAAUGUUGCAGUGGGAGCAUCUGGGGAUGACUAUGAUAUAUUAGCAGAAAGUGUGGGAGAUGGAAGGCUUUUCUUUGCAGGGGAGGCCACUACAAGGCGGUAUCCUGCCACCAUGCAUGGAGCUUUUCUUACUGGGCUAAGGGAAGCUGCAAAUAUGGCUCAAUAUGCCAAGACUCGGACUGGGAAGAAAAAGAUUUACAGGAGUCCAUCUAAUAAUGCCCAUUCCUGUGCUUCUCUACUCAUGGAUUUGUUCAGAGAACCUGAUUUAGAAUUUGGGAGUUUUUCUGUUAUUUUUGGUCGGAGGAAUGCUGAUCCAAAGUCACCUGCUAUUUUGAGGGUGACAUUUAGUGAGCCCCGAAAGAAGAAUCAGGAAGGUUCAAAGACAGAUCAGCAACAUUCUAACAAGGUGCUUUUUCAGCAGCUCCAAUCACAUUUUAAUCAGCAACAACAGCUGCAUGUUUACACAUUGUUAUCAAGGCAACAGGCACUUGAGCUGAGAGAAGUGAGAGGCGGUGAUGAGAUGAGGUUGAACUACCUGUGUGAGAAGCUGGGAGUUAAGCUGGUGGGAAGGAAGGGUUUGGGACCUACUGCUGAUUCCGUCAUUGCUUCUAUAAAAGCACAGAGGGGCGUUCGAAAACCCUCUUCAACUCCUUUGGCUCUAAAAUCAGGGAUGUCAAAGCUGAAAACAGGCACCCUGAAGCAAAAAUUCAUCAGAAGGGCCAAAAUAGUGCGCAACACUAAAGGGUUGAUUCCUCCUCCAAUUCUGAAUGCGGUAAAUGGCAGCGUGUCAGAGGAAAUAAAAGUGAUAAAGCAGGCUCCUCCUGACAUCUCUACUUCAGGGCAAAAUCUAGGUGAGACGUUGAAGCAAUGAGCUGGGUAUGUGAUGGUGAAUUCAUUAUGGAUCCUGAAGAUCUUGAGAGGUUAUAGUGCAGUGACAUUGUCUAAGCCAGAAUGUUCUGCAGAUUCCCUUCUUAAAUGGAUGGAUCUUGUCUCUGAGUUCUUCAGAAUGUUGCUUACAAGUUGCAACCAAAAGUUCUACCCCCACCAGUAGGGAACUGUAUUAUUUUGGUUAAACUUUUGGCUCAAUCACUAGCACCGUGGAGACGUCCUUGCCUUUGGCCUAUAUCCGGAAAGGUUAAAAUGCUAUAGCUAGCUAUAUAUUGAGCAAGAACCAGAUGGUGGCAACGGUCUGGGGAUGCUUUACUUGAUCAUUCCCUGUUGAAGACAUCCCUGCCACUUGCUGCAGCACCAAACUUGGCCUUUGAAAUCACUUCUCUGACAUCAGCAAUUCUGAAGCUUGUGAUCAAAGUUUGGCUAUCAAAAGCCGUCCAAUAGUCAUGACGCCAGUUGUGACCAGAUGUGAUGGAGAAAAUGUUCUGCCAUAACUGAGGCUUUCUCAGUAAGAUUCCGCAUAAGAAGCAGAACAGGCACUUAUUCUUUUAUAUUCUCACGUCAUCAGAGAAACUGAGCAGUGUCUUUAGCAACUAGAAGAUGGGACUGUUCUCGAUGCUGUCAGUGACAUUAAACCAUAUCCGAGGAUGCUGCUUUCUAUGACCUCAAGACUGCAGAAUGAUUAGCUGCAUUUUAAAAUCUUUGGUUAAAGAUGACUUGCAAGGGUUAAUUGAUAUCUAUCUCAACAUCUUGUGCCAACUAUUUAUCCCGCCUGAUGGGGUAAUAGUAUUGGUUAAGCUUACACCCCAACCUUGAAGGCACUAUCUUAAAUAGCUAACUGCACAUCAGGCUGUAUAGAAAGUUGAGGCAAAUACUACGUCUAUAAGAUUUGAAAAUAUGUUUUGAGAAGCUCCUAUCGAUGUUUGCUUGGAGUAAUGAACAUUGAUGAAUGACAUCUGGAGAUUUUCAUUCAAUUCCAACAUCACUAUAAUUUUUUUUCGC